AUGGAAGCUGCAGCAGUCCCUUCAGACGUUCGUGUUAAGCCAAAAAGAGGCCCUUAUAGAGCUGAGUUAGUAGCUGGCCAAACCUACUAUUGGUGUGAUUGUGGAAGAUCAGCAAAUCAACCUUAUUGUGAUGGCUCUCAUGCUGGCACUCCUUUUGGUCCUUUGCCGUUUACCCCAGAAGAAUCAAAAGUAUAUUGGCUUUGUGGAUGUAAAUAUUCACUCAACAAGCCACAUUGCGAUAGCCAGCAUAACAAGAUUGAGUGGUAA